AUGAAUGAAAAUGUUUUGUUACAUCCAAAGUUAGAUUUGGAUCCCAAUUCAAUUCCGGAAUGGAUGAUUCUAACAGCCUAUAUAAAUUCUAAUGUAAUGCCACUCGUCCUACAAGAUAAAGAAUUCAAACCAGAGUUUCUGGAGAUAAAGAAGCUCUUGGAACCAGAUUUAAGAGUGAUUGCUUAUCUUUUGAAAGAGAAGGGUGAAAACGUUAAAUUUGCUUUGAAAGAAAUAAAAGAUUCUUGUUUUGAUAUCAUUAAAUUUCUUAAAGUGAUUAAGAUCGCUAAUGAACGUGGAUCUAUUAUUGCUAAAUAUCAUGGAAUUUCAAAAAAUCCUUCUACACAAAACUACAUUAUUGUUAUGGAUUUAUUUGAUGGUGGUUUACAUAAUUUUUUAACAAAAAAAUUUUGGAAUUUAGGAUGGCACUCAAAAAUAGACAUAUUAGCAUUAAUAGCAUGGGGUCUAGAAGGAAUACAUGCAAAAAACUUAGUUCAUUGUGAACUUCAUAGUGGAAAUAUUUUGAUUAACGAUAAUUUCGGUCCUUACAAUUUUGAAUUAAGAAUAGAUUUAGAAGUGGAUAAUAAUAUUAUGCGACAACUUGAAAUUGCUGAUGAAAAUCAAAAAAAUAUAUCAAAAUCUCAAAAGCAAGAAUUAAUUGAAUUAUUUUCAGAUUCAAGUAAGUUACAUCCACAAUCAUGUUACUUUAGCCGAAAUAUUUAUACUCUUCAUGGAUUGCAUGAUUUAUUGGAUGAAAUAAAAUCUGGAAAAUCUUCAGAUCCUAAUUUAUUAAAGCCCAAUGAAUCAACUAUUUUAAGAACCAAUUCAUAA